AUGGAUUCUAUUUCAAAAGCAAUUGCAGCAAUCGAUUCGCAAGGUCCAGAAGGACAAAUUUCAUAUCGUGAAGCUGCAAAAAUAUUUGGUGUUGACCGCAAUACUUUGGCGCGGAGACACCAAAACAAAACUCAGUCGCGUGACGACGCGACACACCAACGCCAACUACUCAGUCCACCACAAGAAUCCGAGCUUAUAAAAUAUAUACAGGACUUAACUGAGCGUGCUCUUCCACCUACUAGAUCUAUAAUAAAAAACUACGUGUCAGUUAUUGCAGAAUGGGAGCCCUCGGAUAGCUGGAUUUCCCGAUUUCUUCGUCGCCACCGCGAUCAGCUUACUACUAAAUUUGUGACUGGGAUUGAUUAGGAGCGUCACUAAGCUGAU